GUGCCAAAACAAUGCAUUGGAGUACACUGCGGUGUCUGUUGCGUGCACAGCCCGUUUCUAGUGGUCUAUUAUGUCGGUCUAUGAAAACAGCACGUAAACUUUCAAAACCACUGCUGCUUGACUUAGAGAAACGAUGGGAUAAUAUGUCUCCUGAUGAACAAAUGGAUAUUCAACGGCAGCUGAAUGAGAGACAACGUGGACCGUGGUCUGAGCUUUCGAUGGAGGAAAAAAAGGCGGCGUAUUUCAUCGCUUUUGGGCCUUAUGGAUCUCGGUCAAUCAUUCACCCACCAGGAUUUUUUAAAAAGGUAGCUUUAGGGACAUUAAGCAUGCUUGCAAUAUCAGGUGUUCUAUUUUACUGUAUUCGUUCGUUUGCGGAGCCACCUCCACCUACGAUGACUAAAGAGUGGCAGGAGGCAUCAAAUGAGCUUCUUAAAUCACAGAAUAUUGAGCCUAUUACAGGCGUUAGUAGUGAAGGAUAUACAGGAAAAGGCAUGGUCAGAUCUAAAUAA